GCUUCACAAAACUCGUACUCCAACGUGUUCUCCUCUCUCAAGUGUGUGUCCGUGUGGCUGAAGCUGCUGGUGCCACGGAGCGGCGUGAGCAUAUACGCCAUCCGCGUCCAGAUGGCGCUUGCCAUCAAGGGUCUGCCCUACGACUACCUCCCCGAGGACCCCGGGUGCAAGAGCGACCUACUCCUCGCGUCCAAUCCCGUGCACAAGACGCUGCCCGUCCUCAUCCACGGGGGCAGGCCCGUCUGCGAAUCGCUCAUCAUCGUGGAGUACCUUGACGACACAUUCCCCGGCAACGGCGCCUCCAUCCUCCCCACCGACCCCCACCGCCGCGCCGUCGCCCGCUUCUGGGCCGACUAUAUCGACAACAAGAUGUUCCCUUCGUGCAUCGGCAUUCUCAAUAUGGCGAAGCAGCAGGAGAGAGCCGAUACAGUGGAGGAGACCUUGGCGGCGUUCGGGCUCCUAGAGGCAGCCUUGGCGGAGUGCUCCAAAGAAGUGGAGGCGGAGGCGCCCUUCAUCGGCGGUGUAUCCCUCGGGCUGCUCGACAUCGCUAUCGGGUGCUAUCUUCCUUGGUUCGAAGCGAUAGGCCGCCUUGCUGGCACGCCGCCGUUCCUAGACGCGGCGAGGACACCAAAGUUGGUCGCGUGGGCGGGGCGUUUCAGGGCCGCCGAGGCGGUCGUUGCGCUGCUGACUCCGGUGGACAAGGUGGAGGAGUACAUCACCUCGGUGCUUUAUCCAAAGUGGGAAGUUGCACUAACUGCACCGGCAACUAAUUAGAGAUCGUGUCGUCUCCUUAGUCGUUAGUACAUUGCAGUUGCUGUGCUUGCCUCCUAAAUGAGUUGGUGUUUUCACGAGUUGUUGAGCUCGUUGAACUGUUGGUACUUGGUUGUUAGUGUCUCGUCGUCAUCGAUGGUGCGCACGCAUACACUGUAUUUGAUUUGAGCUGUUGUUUCGUGAAUAAACCGUGGCUUCGUGCAUCUUGCA